AUGGAUAGUUUUCAGGUCUACAAGCCCGGCGCCUCGGCUCUGACGAAACGGCAACAGGCCAUCCUCGCCAUACCCACCACCUACCUGGGCCUCAAUUCUGGACCAAAACCAGGCACGGUCGCUGCCAUCGUGCUUGGGUCAGUCGGCGGGUUUCUUCUUAUCAUCUACCUCAUUUGGGCCGCGCUCAACUACGGGAAUGUGUUCGGUUUCAAUAGGCGAGGUGUCGUCGAGGAGGAAGUCAUUCGUCGGCGCCGGCCACGGGGAACUGUUGUCGAGGAGACCAUAGAGGUGGAUAGAAGGAGUUCGGCACGGCGACGAGGAACAUCGUCGAUGCGAGAAGUGGAAGAAGAUGUCACUGUUGAAGAGUAA